UCAGGUUGAUGCCUCCAUGCUGGAGAGCACCAUGAGCGCUAUGAGGGGUACAGACUUUUCAUUAGAUACCAAGCUAUGCGGCUACCUUCUCAAGCAAGCUGGCCCACUGAAAGCCUGGAAAUCACGCUGGUUUACCUAUGACGAGAAAAAGUGCCAGCUGUUCUACUAUCGCACAGCACAGGACAUGAAUCCAUUGGGCAAAGUAGAGCUUCGUAAUGCCACUUUUAGUUACCCACUGCAAGGAGAGGAGGGCACCUUCCAUAUACAGACACCGGAACGUACAUUCAUACUCAAGGCCGCCAAUGGACACACCAAGAUGUACUGGCUCCAGCAACUGCAGCUCAGACGAUGGCAGCACAGAGAGCAGCUAUUAUGUACAGACCCCUUUAAUUCAAAUAACAACACUGCCUCAAACUUUCUGCCCAUGGUGAAGAUCCCUACAGGUCUGGUUGGGGUGGAGGCUGCAAAUGUUCCUGUGCAGACAGGUCCACUCAAUGUGUCUAUUAAGCACCCACUCAUUGAGAUACAAAACUCGGUACACAGCUUCCUUAUUGGUCGGCCAUCUCAAGAUAGGAGUCGGAGUGUGUUUUGGACAGAAGUCCCUACCACCUGUGCCAAUACUCCUAAAACAGACACAUCAAACGAUAUGUCACACAGCACAUCUGCUCGUGCAGUGUCACCUGUUCCAUCCUUAGCCUCUUCUUCAGAGGUGGAAUGUGAGUUGCCCUAUGAAAAUGGCCCCACCUGUGGUUCCACCCUGACUCUGCCCAACGGGAAAAAUAAAAAAGGAAACUCUGCCACCUUUCCUUUGGACCGCAAGGAGACAAACAACAUGCAAAGCCUUUCCCGCCUUCAGCAGGAGAAACUCAUGCUGGCCAUGGAGGUCAAAGCUCAGAAGGAAUUGGUAUGGCUGCUGCACAAAGCUCUGGAAGCCGCUCAGCUGGAGAAGCGAGCGUGCGCUCAGUUCAUAGCGGCCGAGGGCGAGCAGGAUCGCCUGGAGUUGCUGCGUCAUGGCGAGCGCAGUAUUGCUGGCCUGCGAGAGCGUCUAGAGCAGCAACAACGUCAGAACGAGGUUCUGAGAAGGAGUCUGGAGGAGCGGGAUUCACACAUAGAAGAACUGCAGCAGAACGAGAAGCUGCUGAUGGAAAAGAACCAGGCCAAGCAGGAGGUCAUCGUCAAGCUCUCUGAGAAAGUGACGGCGUGCAUGGCUGAUCCAAAGUGCACCAUCACUUCUGAGCGCAUCAGCAAAGAGAGCUUCAGACAGCUUGUACAGGAGAUGGACAACCUCAAGGACGACCUGGAAGCUUACAUGACCCAGAACAAGUUUCUGAACUCUGAGAUUUAUCAGCUGACAAAACUAUGGCAGAACAGUUCAGAACAAGAGAAAAGUCUCAUGGUCAAGUGUGCAUAUCUGGAAGCAAGCAAUUGUCAGAUGGAGAGCCGGUACUUGGGGGUCCUGAGAAAACUUCAGGAGAACAAGGAGCUGAACACAGAACAAAGAGCUGUAAUUAAGAAGCUAAUAGAAGACGCACUACAGGCAGAUCGAAAAGAUGUCAUCAGACUGGAUGUUAGCAGGGAGUAUGAUGAGUAUGGCUUUAAGGUCAUCCCUGACUAUGAAGUGGAGGACAUGAAGCUUCUGGCUAAGAUCCAAGCUCUGGAGAUCCGCUCUCACAACCUGCUUCAACAGGAAAUGGGUGAGAGGUCUCACCUUUCCCGCUGGACUCAGUUUCUUGGAGGUCGCUCUCCUGAUGACCUCUCUACAUCAGAAGAGUUAAAGACUCUGGUGAGGGGAGGCAUUCCGCGUCAGUACCGUCCACAUGUGUGGCACUGGAUGGUGCAUACAAGGACUCGGUCACUGCGACAGCAGCAUCCUGACCUCUUCCAGCAGCUGUGUGAAAAGAGUCGUGCCACACCACAUCCAGCAUCCCGGCAGAUCCAGCUGGACCUGCACCGUACACUCACCACCAACCAAAGCUUCUCCUCACCCUGCAGUCCAAUGCUCCAGCAGCUUCAGAGAGUCCUGCUGGCUUAUUCCUGGCAGAAUCCAGAAGUCGGCUACUGUCAGGGACUAAACAGGCUUGCUGCUAUUGCAUUGCUGGUGCUACAGAGUGAAGAGGAGGCGUUUUGGUGCUUAGUGGCCAUUGUGCAAUUUCUCAUGCCUCCACACUACUACAGCAAAAACCUACUGGGCUCUCAGGUAGAUCAGCGUGUCUUCAAGGACUUUAUGGCAGAGAAGUUACCACGGCUCACGGCACAUCUGGAGGAACACAAUGUGGACGUGUCUCUGGUCACAUUUAACUGGUUCCUAGUGGUGUUUGUUGAGAGUUUACCCAGUGACAUCCUGCUAAAAGUCUGGGAUGCCUUCUUCUACGAAGGCACCAAGGUGAUAUUUCGAUAUGCACUUGCUAUUUUCAAAUGCAAAGAGGAGGAAAUCUUAAAGAUCCAUGACAACCUGGAAAUCUACCAGUAUCUUCGCUUCUUCACCAAAACUAUCACAGAUGGCAGAAAGCUGACAAGCGUUGCUUUCUUGGAUUUGAACCCUUUCCCAAUGAAACUCGUGAAUAAUCGACGCGCUAUCCACAAGCAGCGUCUUGAAUCUGAACUGCACGCGCUGGAGAAACUGCAGAAAGAAUACACCCCAGACAACAGCAAGCGCAAAGACAAAGACCUGGACCUCAUUACCAGUGAAGACAGUGAUUGAUGCGUAGACAUUUACCUACACCCUCUCCAGAGGACUUACAGAAACGAGGAUAUGAACUCUGUGGCAGGCUCAGGUCACUGGUAACUCCAGUAAGUAAAGAUACUGGAAUUAGUGUUUGGAGGGUUGCUGGUUCAACCCAUCCCUGCCAGGGCAUACUGUUAGGCCAUUGAGCACUUCACAGUUAAUUGCUUGGAUUGUUUGCCACAAUGGUAUGUUGCUUUGGAUAAAAAAAAUCACUAAAAUGUAAAGCCAAGACAAAGACUUGACAUACAAU